UCUCCCUCUCCCUUCCCCAGAAUCCCCAUCAACUUCGUUGACUCUUCUCGUCUACACUCUCAUUCUCUCGCCGACCAUCCGCCGCUCAGUUGGACCGGCUGGGUCUCGCGUCCCCUCUUCUGCAUCAUGUCUACCCCUUCAACGGCUACCGCGACACACCCUUCGCACCAUCAGCAACACUACGCAUACCCCCAUCAUCAACCUUACCAGCCAACCCCAUCCUACCCGACCACGUCCGCUGCAGGCACCGCUCGCCUCGUCACCUCCGCCUAUCCCUAUACUGUCAACCCCCCGACUACCUCUCUCCCUUUUGUCCAAUCUCCUAAGACACUACCACCGGCUCCCACGCCCUCUAUCCCUUCCACAACAACCACCGCUAUGCCGCCUGCGCAGAACCCGAUGAACGCUCUAUCAGCCGCUCAAAAUGGUCGGAGGAGGAAACCCAACUGGGGCGAAUUCUAUAAGAACGGCAUACCCAAGGAAGUCAUCGUGAUCGAUGACACGCCGCCUCCAGAGCAGUCCCAGGCCGCUUCGCGCAAUCCGGCGACGGCUUAUAUCAACGCACCCAAUGGGGCGGCGCCCCAACCGGCCACCAAGAAGCGGCGCACCGGCCCCGACACGACUUACGAUCUUGCAACCUACGAUCGACCCUCGUUCUCGAUCAACCCCCAACAGUAUGGCGAAGAGUCCUCAGCUGAGUCUCUCUCCACCGACCGAACAACAUCUCUACAUACUACCGCGCCCACCUCCCUGUCUCAGGGUAGCACGGGGGCUAGCAACGGGUUAUAUUACGAAGACGCCAACACAGGCCAAAAACGCAAGCGAGUGACCACCCGGAAGUCUGCUCGUGAUGAGCAGAAAAAGAAGGAGUUGGAGGCCGCUGGUGAUGCGUUCCUGAGUUACGUUCCGCCUCCGAAGCCCAUCAUCAAGGCGAAGGAUGUGCCGGUGCCAGUGAUUCGCGAUUAUGGAAAUAGGGGCGAGAAGUAUGAUGAUGAUGACGGUCACUACAUUGUGACACCAAAUGUUCCCUUGACCGAUCGAUGUAAGUCAUUGAUGUCUACGGAAGGAAGCAAGCCCGAACUAACGCCUGCAGACUCGAUCGUAAAACUACUGGGACAAGGUACAUUCGGGAAGGUGGUCGAGGCGUACGACAAGACCCGCAAGACCCGCUGUGCGGUUAAAAUCAUCCGCUCCAUUCAGAAAUAUCGGGAUGCCUCGCGGAUCGAGCUGCGAGUCCUGUCCACCUUGGCUUCGAAUGAUAAAGCCAAUCGAAACAAGUGCAUUCACCUCCGGGAUUGCUUCGAUUUCCGCAACCACAUCUGCAUUGUGACAGAUCUGCUGGGACAGAGUGUCUUUGACUUCCUCAAGGGAAAUGCCUUCGUGCCGUUUCCCAGCAGUCAGAUUCAAAACUUCGCCCGGCAACUGUUCACCAGUGUUGCUUUUCUCCAUGACCUCAACCUCAUCCACACUGAUCUAAAACCUGAGAACAUCCUACUUGUUAGCAGCGCAUACCAGACCUUCACAUAUAACCGUACCAUCCCCUCAUCCUCCUGCGCGAUUUCACGGAGCGCCCGGCAGAGGCGUGUCUUGCUAGAUAGCGAGAUCCGGUUGAUUGACUUCGGAUCGGCCACCUUCGAUGAUGAGUACCACUCGUCGGUGGUCUCUACUCGGCACUACCGGGCUCCCGAGAUUAUCUUGAACCUGGGCUGGAGUUUUCCCUGCGAUAUCUGGAGUAUCGGAUGUAUCCUCGUGGAGUUCUUUACGGGAGAUGCUCUGUUCCAAACGCAUGAUAAUCUCGAGCAUCUGGCCAUGAUGGAGGCCGUCAUCGGGGAGCGAAUCGACACGCGGCUUGUCCGGCAAGUGAUGCAGGGAGGUCGGAGUGGAAGCCAAAAUCAGGCUGCGAAGUACUUCUCCCGCCUACGCCUUGAAUAUCCUAAUGACCAGACAACACGGGCUUCACGAAAGUACGUCCGGGCGAUGAAACAGCUCAUUGAGUUUAUCCCAAGCAAUACCAAGUUCCAUCGACUGUUCCUGGAUUUGUUGCAAAAGAUCUUUGUGUAUGAUCCGAAGAACCGGAUCACUGCCAAGGAAGCCUUGAAGCACCCCUGGUUCAAAGAGUCGUUGGUGGAUGACGGUACAGAGGCUCUCCGCAUCGGGGAACAAUUACAACGUACCGGCCAACGUCGCCAGUGAGGAGUUUGGCUUCCUGUGCAAAGGAACAUUGCAUGACGAACUCCAUGGCAUAAGGGCCGGUGCCUGCGGUCUCCGAGCUCCUAUGUCGGGUAUAGCUGCCUUUACGAUAGAUGGACUGUUACUUUAUUUUGGAUAAUACUUACCAGGGCUGUACGGGAUGCCCGCUUGACGAUGACUGGGUAUAUGCAAUAGGGAGGGGAUUCACGGAGUCUGGUGUUUCUGUUU